AUCAUAAACAAAACCCACAUUGUGAACGGAGAUUGUCCCAAAAUGGAAAAGCUCAGAAUCCGAUCGAAGAAAGUCCGACCCGACAAUGUGUGCAAGAAGCACCCGAAACACGAGCAAUCACCGGGAGUUUGCUCCAUUUGUUUGAAAGAGAAGCUCGCAAAGCUCUCGAACAGUUCCGGCAGCUCACGUAGAACCUCUACAACAAUGGGGUCUGGCACUCCUUCAACGACGUCUUCGUUAUCGUCGUACUAUUCUUCUACAUAUUCUUCUUCAUGCUCGUCUCCUCCGGCGGAGCGGCAGGCACGUAAUUACCGGUUUGCUGAUCGUGAAAAGGAGAAGGGUAGCUCGGUUGCAAAUUGGUUGCUGGGCGAAGGUGGGGAUCAAAAUGAUUAUGUGCUUAAGAAGAGUAGGUCACUGGCGACGUACUUCCCGAGAAGACAGAAAAGUAUUAGACAGAAUGUGGAAGAGAAGAAGGGUCGUCGGUUUUGGUCAAGGUUGCUUCGUCCAAUCAGCAAGAGGAAGGAAGAUACGCCAACUUUGGUGCAUUCAAGGACUGUUAGAGAGGUCAGAGUGCCUAACAGUGAGCUUUGAACUUUGAAGGAAGCGAGAUAUUAAUUUCUUGAUUGAUUUUCACUUUGUUCUUCACAGAAUGUAGCUUAGAAUGUAUUCUUCUGAUCACAAUUUCACAUCAGAAAACAGAAGCAAACAGGAGAAGAAAAUUGUAAUAGUUGUGUAUUAGUGUAUAUAAGUUCACGUCCCUACGUACUAUCGAAGCAAAAAGAAGCAAGCAUUGGUCAAUCAAAUUUUAAUCAUUUGAAUAUUCCAGCC